AUGGAGGAGCAUGAUACUAGCGUUCCUUCGUGUCCAUUUUGUGAAUUUACAGAUUCAGACACAUAUUUCUUAAUGCAGCAUGUUGAACUCUGCCACCCCGAGAAUGGAUAUUCGCCGUUUAUAGCAGUGGAAGACGGCCAAAUGACUGGCACGGAAGCGACAUACUCUACCCCACUCAGUGAUGUUACACCCUCCAAAUCUCCAGCAAAUGCUGAGUUAUUUGGUGAUAUCGAUUCAUACGUUGAAUGUCCAGCCGGCUGCGGGGAGGCUAUAACCGUAGCCGAGCUCCCAAGUCACCUAGACUUACAUUCCGCAGAGACGAUUGCUCUAGAAGAAGUAACGCAAUAUCCUAGUAAAACGGUCGGUUAUAGUCCUGACAUGGACUCGGAUUUGGACUACGUCCAUGACGGCGUUGACGACCUGAUUCCUGCAAAGUUCGCGAAAAGCUUACGCGAUCGUGACGGCCCAAGAAAAGGAGCUGUGAGAGAUACGGCAGUACAGCCAAGGUCUACUUCUCACAAGAAAAGGAAAAAGGAAAGGUCAAAGGGACUAGGGACACCCACGGGCGCUGGUACCCAGUUAGGGAAAGCUGAAUUAGGACCCCAUGCACAUGAGAAACAAAUGCCAGCUUGGUUGCAUAGGAUGCUAGAAGAAGGCGCGCCUGUGACGUAUGAAAACAAAAUUCGGGCUGACGGUACCCUAGCGAGGGUCGAGGUCAUCGAGAAUGAAAGCAGAGGACUCGUUCCUGUCCUCUCUCAGUUAUGUGAGCUGGAUGAGACUGUGGAACGUGCAUGGUUCUGCAACCCCAACGUCCGCCAUGUUUUUAAGAUGCCAAAGGAAGGCGGAUUUUGUGGGUACCGCAACAUUCAGAUGCUGAUAUCGUAUAUUCAAGAUGCCAAGGCUCCCGGAUUCGAGCAUUUUCCCGGUCGAAUUCCCUCGAUUCUAAGGUUACAGGAUAUGAUAGAGCAGGCCUGGGAUAUGGGUAUCAAUGGUAAUGGAAAGUUUGAGACCGGCGGGAUAAAGGGAACUAGAAAAUACAUCGGGACAUCUGAGGCUCAAGCUCUAUUUUCUAGUUUAGGAAUCAAGUGCGAGCCGGCUGCCUUUAGUAGCACAAAGGAACUAACGGCAGAUGAAUCACUGCUAAACGCAGUGCGAGAGUAUUUUCUUCAAGCGCCUCCGGAAUAUGCGGACAAAAAAGUCAUCCAGACCCAUCUGCCACCUAUUUAUUUCCAGCAUCCAGGCCAUUCCCUGACGAUUGUCGGAUUCGAACUGCGAACAAAUGGAUCCAGCAAUCUUCUCGUGUUUGACCCAAUGUUCAAGACAUCACCAGCCGUACAACGUUUGGUCGGGACAAGGGUCGACUGCCCAAACCCAGAGCGAAUUUUAAAAGCACAUAGAAGAUGUAUCGGGUACCUGAGACGGUACGACGAGUUUGAAAUCCUUAAGCUCUUGCCACCUUCUCAUCCAGCUAAAAUCGAAGCAAAAGGAUGACAUUCUACUGAGGAAGAACGGAUCUUUUACCAUACGUACAAUUUCGCAUUUCAAAUAUGAUACACCUAUCAUGUAUAGACUGUCCGGAAUACAUGGAAGCGAAGCAUAGUAAUGAUAGUUAAAAGCGUAGAUAUACCAGAUAGUAC